GGGCUACGACCCCAACGUGAACGCCGGCGUCUUCAACGCGUUUGCCACCGCCGCGUUCCGCUUUGGCCACACCCUCAUCAACCCGAUCCUGUACAGGUUGGACGAGGACUUCCAGCCGAUCCCGCAGGGCCACAUCUCGCUGCACCGGGCCUUCUUCUCGCCGUUCCGCAUCGUGAACGAGGGCGGCAUCGACCCGCUGCUUCGCGGGCUCUUCGGCGUCGCCGGUAAAAUGCGCGUCACCACGCAGCUUCUGAACACCGAGCUGACGGAGCGGCUGUUCUCCAUGGCCCACGCCGUGGCUCUGGACCUGGCCGCCAUGAAUAUACAGCGAGGGAGGGACCACGGCAUCCCGCCGUAUAACGACUACAGGACCUUCUGUAACCUGACGUCUGCUCGGAGCUUUGAUGACCUGAAGAACGAGAUUAAGAAUCCGUCGGUCAGAGAGAAGCUGCAGAGGCUGUACGGCACGCCGCUGAACAUCGACCUCUUCCCCGCCCUCAUGGCUGAAGAUCUGGUCCCCGGCAGCAGGCUGGGCCCCACCCUCAUGUGUCUCCUCGCCACUCAGUUCAAACGCGUGCGUGACGGCGACAGGUUCUGGUACGAGAACCCUGGCGUGUUCACGCCUGCCCAGCUGACCCAGCUGAAGCAGGCGUCCCUCGCCCGGGUGCUGUGCGAUAACGGCGACAACAUCACGCGCGUCCAGCGCGACGUGUUCAGGGUGGCCGAGCUGCCUCACGGCUACGUCAGCUGUGACGACGUCCCUCAGAUCGACCUGCGCAUGUGGCAGGACUGCUGCGAAGGUGAGAGUCAGCAAACGCCGCAUCAGCUCGCUCGGUUUAUUCUGCAGUUUACUGACAGCUCAGAUCACGAUGACCAGGAAACCUCAGCAGACGCUUGUUGUUUUCAAAACACAAACAUUUACUUUAAGCUUGAAUAA